AAUGGCGACAAUGGAAUGAAUGAAUGCUUUUCUAGUCCUUUCCUCUGUUUUUCUGAGAAACAAUCCAUCAUAAAAAUGAAUAUGCGAGGUUUAGAAGGUGAAGAUUUGAAACGAGGAUUAAAAGAGCUGAUUACUAGCUGGGAGCCAAUAAUAAAAGAUGCUGAAUCAUUUGAACAAGCAGAGGAAACACUACUUCAUUUGGAAGAAAAUGACGAAAAUUUUCACAGGCAUGAAUUUGUUAAAGCACUGAAGCGUAAACUUGAUGAAACCCUCAGUCCAUUAAUCAAUGAAGAGCCGGAGAGAAAUUCCAUUGCAGGCCAUGCAGAUAACCAUGAAAGUAGAGUUAAUAACAUCAUAGACCACAUAUUACAAUCCAGAGAAUACAUGGACUUAAAGUCAAAGCUAGGUAAAAAUGUUAGUGAAGCAGUAAAAAACUUGGUAUCCAACUUCAAUGAUGAGUUUGAUAUUAGGACUGGUAUUGACACUGAGGGUCCACUUAAGACACCUAUGAGCACAGAUGAUGAAGAGGUAUCAUCAUUUAAUAGCUUAUGUGAUCAGGGCAGUGUAAUGCUGUUUAAUCAAGACUAUUUGAAAGGCAUUGCUGAGAACUUGAGCAAGACUAAAAAUUUAGUGACUCGCAGGGAAUACAUGCAGAAACUGAACCAGAUAAUAUCAGGGGAAAUAGUUCACAAUAAACACUGGCAACAGCUGCGCAAAAACCUUCUAGAUGUAAUGGCUGACCCAGAUGAUGAACUUUCAGACUUGAGUUUAAAGUUUGUUGGUAAAUCUUUCACUCAUACAUCUCAUUACACCAGCCAGGUAUUCAUACUACUCAUUGAAUUUUUGUGCGGUCAGUUCAGAUCAAUGACCAUGCCACCUGUGAACAAAGGUCUGGACUGCUCUAACAAAGCCAUGAUUAAGCUGAUUAAAGGAUUCCGUUUAAUGGUGGAGUUCCAACAAGAAGCCCCCAACUACUGGGUGCGCUACCCUUUGACCUAUCUGGAAGAGAUAGUUCACAAUUCAUUAAACCUGCUCAGCUUGCAGAUACCAGCACAAUCCCAGAAUGUGAAGUUAUUUCCCUUACACUUUGUUGCUAUUCUUGACCCCGGGGCCCAGUGGUUUACCAAGUGGAUGCAUGCAAAUUAUUGUAGAAGAAAACUGUUAGAAGAACUGAAACAGUACAAGGCCAUUGUUGAAACCUCUGUAAGGUAUUGUUUGGACUACUCAUCCUCUCACAGAUCUCCAAAUGAUGAAGUGGCCCAAGUGUCAGAUGACCUGUUGAAACUUUCUAUGACUGGCAAUGGAAAAAGACUUUAUUACACUGGGCCUGAAUUAGAAUAUGCAUUGUUUGUCCAUUCAUUAUCUUUUCUUGGUAGUCUGCUGUUUUAUGAAAAGGGGAGGUCAUUCUUCCCCAUUAAAUUGAAAGAUAAACAAGUAAACAUGUACCAUCUAUUGAAGUCUUUACUGGGACUAGUUGUUGAUCCUGAAAUGGUUUCUGCUGAUAGAAAAACUGGGAAAGUUAAAUUUGAGCCUUCAUCAUUAGUGAGUGAAGUUUUAAAGUCCCUUUGUAUCACUGAGGCUAUGUGUAGCAUAGCACUGUGCAAAGAUGAGAUGAUGAACUUGUUGCUAUCACCUAUUGUUGCUUUCUUAGAAGCAUCACCAGAUAACCCUGUACCAUCAGAGAAAACUCUGCUUCAUAUUGCUGAUAUACUGUGUGCAGUUGCUUCAACAGCUAUUGGCCGACGUUUCCUGUUGUACGGGGAAGGCAAAUCCUUAUUGGCUAAAUCCAAGUCAUCUGCAGCACACAUUAUUGCAGACUUCACCAAGAGAUCGUUGUCCAACAACCUGCCCAAAUUAUUGGCACCCCCGUCCUACCUUGUGAUUGGAGCAUAUCUCUACGUCUGCCGUCAGCUGUACAACACGCCAGAAGGGCUCUAUGUCCUCUCACAGUAUGAGCUGCACAGCUGCAUAGCUCAGGCUUGGAAGCAGCUUCAAAGGGAAAAGUCAGAUGCAUCUCUUCCUGUUGUAAAAAGUGAAAAAGAUUCUGUCUUGGACUCAUGGAAGGAAACAUUACAAGACAAUUUGUUGAACUUUGCCAGCACAGCCAAGGGCAUUGUCCUUCUCCACCAGACUGGGGAAUUCAAUGAGUGUGUGAGGUACAUGUACUCACGAUAUGAAAAAAAACUGCAGGUUAGCAAGUGUGAAAAGUUUGGUUAUGGUGUUAUGGUAACUCAAGUAGCUGCUACUUCUGCAGGCAUACAAGCUCUUCAAAGCACUGGUUAUAUCAAGGCUUUGUUGAUGGAGGCAUGGUCAUCCAUUGAGUGUGGGCCUCAAGAUAUUCCAGCAUUUACACCUAAAUCCUGGCCAGUUGAUCCUAUUGAUCGAAACUCACAGAAGCAUUUCAUCCGACUUGUCAACAUCCUGUCUGCAUUUCCGGCUGUUUAUGAACUUCUGAGAGGAGAACCACUUCCUGCUAAAGAUACAUACAGUCUCAGAGAUAUUCCUGACUCUAUCAUGGCUCUAAUAGACAGGCUGAUUGUUGUUGAUUCCCCAGCCAAAAUACAUUCCUUGUUUAAUUAUGAGCAGUCCUACACAUUUGGUCUCAGGUUAUUGUCAGUCAUGGUCACUUGUCUGGACACAUUCCUCCUUCUUCAGUCCCAAUACAAAUUCCAGGAAUUUUUGCUGCAAGAACAGGAACAGAAUAAAUUAGAAGGGAGUGAUGACUUCAUAACUGAUAUCCUGUCAGUUGAGCGCAACUACAUUCUUGUUAAAACAUACUUGAUAGGAGGACCAACAGAGAGAAUAUUGCCCUCCAGAACAUUAAAUGACAAACACAUUGAUGAGGACAAGCCAGCACAUGCUCAACUCCCUAUUCUAUUUUCAUCUUACCCUAUCCCUAAAGAAUAUCAGCCCAAUAUACAGGCCAAAUCUUCAACCAAACAAGAUAAUGAGUUGAGCAAGUUUCUCAAUGCAAGCCGUCAAGAAAAAAAGCCAAAAGUGUGGAUGGAAAAAUGCAGAGAACUCUUUUAUAAGCUGCUAAUAAACAAACCAGAACAAGUUAAAGGCAGCUUAUUGUUGCAGAUCCUAGAGCAGACAGUGGAGUAUCAGCAACAAUUGCAGGAAGAAGCCAUUUUUCCUCUCUUUGAUUUCUCAGGGACAGACAGCACAAUCAAGAAUUUUAAGUUAUCUCCCAUACAAGUUCUGGGAGUCAAGAUGACCAUCAGGUAUGGCAUGCACCUGAAGGUUGUGACAGCCUCCAGUGAGUCCACAGAGAACCUGAUCCAGCUGAUGAAACAGACAGGAUGUUUCCUCAAGCAGCAGCAGAGAUCCCUCAAGUCAUCACUACGAUUCCUAGAGGGAAGCUACCCUGGCUUUGACUGGUUCACUGCCACUGUUUUUCUUGCCUUCAAUGGCAACAGAGAGAAGGCUUGGAAUUUUCUUUACAAGUUGUCUUCUCUUGGCACCUCAGGGUACAUCUGGAUUGUCAGGCUUCAUUCCUCUAUCCUCCCCAACAAUCUUCUAGCCAGUGGCAUCCCUCCCCUGUUUUCCAGCACAGCUCACAACAUUGAGUUGCUGCUGCAGAGUGAGCUGCCCCUGGUCACUUCAGCCUUCAAGAUGUCUGGGUACACCCCAUCACAGAUCUGCCUGCACUGGCUGACCCAGUGCUUCUGGAACUACCUGGACUGGCAGGACAUCCUCCAUUACCUGGUUACCUGCGUGGUGCUGGGCAUUGACUACCAGGUCUACCUGUGUGUCUCCAUACUCAGACACCUGCAGGAGAAGAUUCUCUCAUGCAUGCAGACACAAGAGCUGGUGAUCUUUCUCAAGGAGGAGGUAAUCAGAGAUUUCCACGUGAUAGAUGAAAUCAAAUACAUGAAAGAGCUUGAGACCAAAUACAGAAGGGUUGUCUUACCAGAUAUGAUGAACAUCAGCAAGCCAUAACAAAAUGUUAUCUAGUCAAAGACAAUGUAAGUUGUGAACACUAAACUACAAAGAACAAAAAAUAAUUUUGAAACUAAUGUUUAUAUUGUAAGUUUUCUUACAUUAAUUUUGUGAAUAGACAGAUAUUUUUGUAAAUGUUUGUGUGCAAAUAUUUUUUUGUAUGUACUUUGUAAGUCACUGUGAUAAUUAAUCUAUUUAUUGUGAUAACAUUGCAUUAUUAAACUAACUUCAUUUGUAUCAAUUCAAACAUUAUUAAUUAUUUCAAUCUUGAAGUUAAAUUGGUUCAUUAAA